AUGAUCGGUGAGAAAUCUAAAACCCUUCUUCUACACACUGAAGUGGUCGGAGUUUUAGAACGCCGCAGGGAAAAGGGACCCGUUUCACGACUCGAACCCGUCCCGACCCGACUUUGGAGGGACUUUUAUAAAAUCGUCUCGCAUUCUUCUCCGUCUCUACUUCGUUUUCCCUCGCUCUUCUACUUACCGGCAAAAGACUAUCUCCGACGGACCUUCCUCUCUAGAUUUAGCAGUUCUUCGACCUCGCUCGUGAUAAUGUCUGCCUUCGGUGCUAAUGCGAACACCAACCCUAACAAAUCCUACGAGGUUACUCCACCACCUUCAGAUUCUAUUUCGAGCUUGAGUUUUAGUCCAAGAGCAGAUAUACUUGUGGCCACCUCAUGGGACAAUCAGGUGAGGUGUUGGGAAAUAUCUCGUAGUGGAAACUCUAUGGCCAGUGCUGCAAAAGCAUCAAUAUCGCAUGAUCAGCCGGUCUUGUGCUCUGCUUGGAAAGAUGAUGGAACCACUGUCUUCAGUGGAGGAUGUGAUAAGCAAGCAAAGAUGUGGCCCUUGUUGUCAGGUGGUCAACCUGUAACUGUAGCUAUGCACGAUGCUCCUAUUUCAGCCAUGGCCUGGAUCCCGGGAAUGAAUCUCCUCGCCACUGGAAGCUGGGAUAAAACAUUGAAAUAUUGGGACACAAGACAGCAAACUCCUGUGCAUACCCAGCAGCUUCCAGAUAAAUGCUAUGCGUUGUCUGUCAAACAUCCUCUGAUGGUUGUGGGAACUGCAGAUAGAAAUCUGAUAGUCUUCAACUUGCAAAAUCCUCAGACUGAGUUCAAGAGAAUCCCAUCCCCACUAAAGUACCAGACGAGGUGUGUUACUGCCUUCCCUGAUCAGCAAGGAUUUCUGGUUGGUUCAAUUGAGGGGCGCGUUGGUGUCCAUCAUCUGGAUGAUGCUCAACAGAGCAAGAACUUCACAUUCAAAUGCCACAGAGAUGGCAAUGAGAUAUAUUCCGUUAACGCUCUGAACUUCCACCCGGUACAUGGCACUUUUGCCACCGCUGGCUCCGAUGGUGCUUUCAAUUUCUGGGACAAGGAUAGUAAACAGCGACUCAAGGCCAUGUCAAGGUGCAAUCAGCCAAUUCCUUGCAGUUCAUUCAACCACGAUGGGUCGAUAUAUGCAUAUGCGUCGUGCUAUGACUGGAGCAAAGGUGCAGAGAAUCACAACCCGGCAACGGCGAAAAGCAGCAUCUUCUUGCACCUUACACAGGAAAGUGAGGUUAAGGCGAAGCCAAGAGCACAAGCCGGCAGAAAAUGA